AUGCAUGCAGAGACAGACGCUAUAGAGCUCGCCAACAUACACCGUCUGGUGGCUUCAGUAGCAGCAAACAAGGCCCCGCUUCAUGCUGCUGAUGACAGCAGCAGCAGCAGCAGCAGCAGCAGCAGCAACAGCAGCAGCAGCAGCAACAGCAGCAGCAGCAACUCAGCGGGGACGCCUACUUCGAGAGGCAAGAGAACCGCCAGCUGCAACAAGCAUGCUGCUGCUGCUGACAGCUGCAGCCCUGCUGCAGACAGCAACAGCAACAGCAGCAGCAGCAGCAGCACGAACAGCAGCAGCAGCACGAACAGCAGCAGCAGCAGCAACAACAGCUGCAGCACAAGCAACAAGGAGAGUCCUCACAAGCUGAGUCCCCAUGAUCAGCAGCAGCAGCAGCAGCCCCAGCAGCAGCAACAGCAACCGCAGCAGCAGCAGCAGCAGCAGCAGCAGCAAGACAUACCUGCUUCUUCUUCUUUUCGUCAGGGUUAUGUUACUGCCCCCAUGCAGCGACACCAGGCGCUGCAGCAGCUGCGGGGGGGGCUGAGAGCAGCAGUAACAGACGCAGCAAGUGAAGGUUUGCUUGUAUACUUUUUCUCUCCCUGCACCAGCAGCAGCAGCAGCAGCAACAGCAGCAGCAGCAGCAGCAGCAGUGGGAGUCCUCACAAGCUGAGUCCCCAUGAUCAGCAGCAGCAGCAGCAGCCCCAGCAGCAGCAACAGCAACCACAGCAGCAGCAGCAGCAGCAGCAGCAGCAGCAGCAGCAGCAAGACAUACCUGCUUCUUCCUCUUUUCGUCAGGGUUAUGUCACUGCGCCCAUGCAGCGACACCAGGCGCUGCAGCAGCUGCGGGGGGGGCUGCGAGCAGCAGUAACAGACGCAGCAAGCGAAGGUUUGCUUGUAUACUUUUUCUCUCCCUGCACCAGCAGCAGCAGCAGCAGCAGCAGCAGCAGCAGCAGUGGUGCUUUUGUGCUGCGUUGUGGUUUGCUGCUGGAAUAUAUAGCAGAUGGCGAUGCAUGCUUAUCGUGGGCGUUUGUUGCUCGGGGCUUGUCUGCUGCAGCAGAGAAGCUGCUGCUGCUGCUGCUGCUGCUGUUUUCUGCUGCUAUCUUUCUUAUAGAUAUGCCUUAUACACUCAGCAGCAGCCUGCAGCAGAUACACCGCAAGGCCCCCUUCCCGCUGCAGCCUGCUCGGGUGUAUAGGCAGCUCCUGGCCGAGCAGCAGAUGCUGAUGCCGCUGCUGCAGCAGCACUGCAACGUACGCUUCGUUCCUGCUCCCGCUGCUGCAGCAGCAGCAGCUGCUGCUGCUUCUGCACCAGCAGCAGCAACAGCAACAGCAGCAGCAGCAAAUGCAACCCCGCGAAACGCUGCCGAGAAGCAUGCAGCAGCAGCAGCAGCAGCAGGAGACUCGACAGCAGCACCAGCAGCAAGUGCAUCAUCAUCAGCAGCAGCAGCCGCAGCACGAGAAUCAGCAGCAGCAGCAGCUGCUGCAGCAGCAGCAGCAGCAGCAGCAGAAGGUGUAUGUUGCAUUCCUUCUUUGCCUGUGAACCUUCGCUGCAGGCUUACAGCUGACUCAAGCGAUCUGCUGCUGUGCCCGCGGCCGCUGCUGCUGCUGCUGCAGGAGGAGCCUUUCUCUCGGUGGCUGCUGCACCGGGAGCCAGACUGCCCGGAAGCAGCAGCAGCAGCAGCAGCAGCAGCAGCAGAUGCUGCAGCAAAAAAAGCAGAAAGAAACAGCAGCAGCAGCAGAAAAAAACGCCGCAGCGACACACCAAACGGCGCGUCUACAAAAGCCCAACAACAACAGCAGCAGCAGCAGCAGCAGCAGCAGCAGCAGCAGCAGCAGCAGCGGCAGCAGCAGCGACGAGCUGCUGCUCUUGCUGCUGCUGGGUUUACAGCAGACGGACAGGUAGCACACGAUAACCUAAGAGAUGCUUCCCGCUGCUGCUGCGCGCAGCAGCAGCAAUGGUCGCGGCGUGUAGCCAUCAUAGAUGCAGCAGAAGCAGACGGACAGGUAGCACACGAUAACCUAAGAGAUGCUUCCCGCUGCUGCUGCGCGCAGCAGCAGCAGUGGUCGCGGCGUGUGGCCAUCAUAGAUGCAGCAGAGCUAGCUCUGAAGAUAAUACCUGAGCUGCUAGACCUGCAGCAGCAGCAGCAGCAGCAGCAGCAGCAGCAGCAGCAGCAGCAAGAGCAGCAGCAGCAGCAGCAGCAGCAGCAGGGGGGGAAGCAGCAGGUGCAGCAGCAGCAGCAUCAGAAAGGAUGUAUUGGGUGGGCUCCCAGCGCAGAGCUGCAGCAGGGGCUGCAGCAGCUGCAGCAUAAGGAGCAGAUGAUCAGCAGCAGCAGCAGCAGCAGCAGCAGCAGCAGCGGGAGAGGAAACCCGCAUGCAUGCAUCCGUGUCUGCGAGGAGCUGCUGCGGCUGCAGGGGACACAUAAACAUAUAAAAAGAUGCAGAGCCAUGCUUGCUGCUGUACGUACACAGCAGCAGCAGCAGCAGCAGCAGCAGCAGCAGCAGCAGGAAGCAGCAGCAAGAACUGGUGCUGCUGCUGCUGUUGGCCGCAAGCGGUGCAGCCACCAAAAGAAGUAA